AUGUUCUCUGAAUACGCCUCUCGAUUCCUCGCACAAUCGCAGUCCCGGUUGGUAGUUCAUUACGACGAUGCCCGCCGAAAAGGCCAUGAACGCUUGAUUCAGCCGCCAGGAAAUUCACGAUCUCUUUCGUCACGGUCCUUUUUACAGCGAGCGGCCGUUGAUCCGUAUCAAACAGCCACCUCGCAAUUUUCCAAUCUCGCUCCGGGCUCGCGUAAUCCGGUUCACCAAGCGCCUUUGUUCUACAGUGCCACAGAUGAAUUCCGAGAGGAGGACGAUGAAACCGAACACGAGCGGGAAAUUGCAGAUUUCUAUGCCUUGCAGAAAUCACGACGACAUUUUGGCAUCAACCAUCUGAUGGACUCUUCGGGAAAUGAUGAAGACGGUAGAUUCCUUUCCAGCCCAGAAGAGUCCGUGCCGCAACAACUCACUCGGACAGUCUCCAAGGGCAAGGGUAUUUGGAGCUCAUGGCGCGAAGGCAGUUUUGACGAUAAUGCACCAAAUCCACAGAUCUUCAACAACGGCCUGUCCGCUGAGCCUAGAGAGGAAAUACAAACGAAACGGAUGAGCUUCCAAAGAGGCGAGAAUCUCGUUGAUGUUCGCUUGGAGGACACAGUUAUAUCGGACGCCCAUUCCGAGGAAGCUACGCCUCCGGAAUUAGGCGAUGACACCCCGCCCUCGAUCCAGCGAUUUCGGGAAAAAUCUGGGCCUCGAAUGAAUAGACUUGGAAUAAGUUCAUCCACCCUGCCACCAGGGCCAGACAACGCCGAGGCGCAGGCGCUCUUCCAAGGUGAGAGCUCACCAGCUUCAUACCAAGAGUCGAUCGUAUCGGUUAGGGUCGGCUCACCUGUCUAUGACGCUUUCUGGGGCCAACUAUUUUUGAUAUCCAUCGCUUGCCUCUUUGCCACUUCGUUCCUUAUUUAUCUUCAUACUUCUCCACCCUCUGACCUACCUAAAUUGGGCGAUGCAGUAUACUCGACUAUCCACAACUCGUUCUUCAGGUUGGCAAUUUUUACUCUGGUCUCGAUAUCUAUAUCUCUACUUUGGCUCGCAUUGCUACGGUCAUAUGUACGCGUCCUAGUCUAUGUUAUCAUAUUCGUCGUACCGGCCAUUUUGUAUUCCUUCUCACUCUAUCCUUUCAUCUCGAGUUUUCGUGGCGCCUGGCAUGGGUCGAGCAUCCAAGACAAAGUCAUGAGAUGGGGGUCAGCUAUUCCUUUCGUGAUAGCCAGUGCUUGGAUCUAUAACAUCACUCGCAGCCGUCGUGCUAUAGGCCGAGCAGUGGGCAUACUGGAAUUUGCCUGCCGCAUCCUUGCCGCAAACAUCGAGCUUCUGGUUCUUGGCUUGGGUGUCCUUUUGCUCAUUGUCGUGUGGACGUGGGGUUGGAUGCUCAUGUUCACACGCGUGUUUCUAACGGGACACACCUCAGGAUCUAUGCUUGUUUUUAUGGAUCCGAGCAGUUGGUGGUUAGGAGUCUAUUAUGUACUGAUCUACCUGUGGUCUCUGGGAGUCAUCUCUGGUAUUCAACGUACGAUCACAGCUGCAACAGUGAGUCAGUGGUAUUUUCACAGAUUCAGUACGCCCGCUCCAACAUCCAGACAGAUCAUACAAGCCGCCGCGUAUCAUUGCCUCACAACAUCUUUUGGCACAGCUUGCUUGUCUAGCCUUCUGGUCUUGCUAAUUCGGCUUCCACUUCUGCUGCUCCCUAACCGGAUCUCUUCUGUUUUUAGUCUUUGUGCCUACUCCCUUGUUCCGACUCCAUUGGCCGUUAUCACAAAUCCUCUUGCCCUCACUUAUGCUGCAAUUCAUUCUCAGCCACUUGCUGUAUCAGCCCGUGGUCUGAUGCAGAUGACAAAUCUGGCGCCAUCAGCAGCCAUGACACCUUUGCAUCCACGGUCAUUUACUUGGUCUCGCGAACACUGCGCACCCCUUGUCUCAUACCGGCUAUCUAAACUUAUCCUUCAUGCUGCUCGCCUUAUGAUGUCACUGGCUCUUGGUUUCGGAGGCUGGGUUAGUACUGCGCGGAACUUCCGCGUGCCCAGUGAAAAUGGCGCGAUUCAUGGGAGUCUCUAUGCCUACAUGAUAGGGUUGAUUGCUGGAGCGAUUGGCUGGAGUAUCUUGGGAGCCGUCGAGAGUGUCAUUGCUGAUAUUGUCGAUGCGUCUGUCAUCUGCUGGAGCAGUGAAGUUGGUACCUAUGGACGGGAGGCCAGAUAUUGUCGGGAAGCUGGCUGGCUCUUUGGCCAAGAACCUAUUCCCUCGGUCAGCUAUACAGUUUCUAGCGAACCAUGA